ACAGGGCUACCCAUCAGUCCCAAUUUCAGUCCAUCUAAGCAGCCCUCCCCUAGUCCUUCUCGGAUGCAUACCGAGCGUAGGCGAAAAAUAAGCUGUUUUGAGAAUGAGAUGCUAACUAAGGGCACCUUCCUCGCUGCUAAAGAAGAAGUGAACCGAAAAUUCAGCAUGGGAUCUCGUCUUCUCCCUUCUCCACACAGUCACAAUCGUCGCUGUCGUCAUUCCAACUGCAAUAACAGCAACAACUACCUUCUUGUCGUUGACAACGCCUACAACCGACCUGCUUCUCGCAGCCACUCAGUGGACAAUUCAUUGGCGGAAAAAGUGGAUCAUUAUCGAGACUCAAACUCCACUGGAAGCGCUUACUCUGGGCGUAGUUACAGUUCGCUCAGUUCGGUGGAGAAGGAGAACGUCUGGAAGUUGUCUGUCUCAUCCGAUACGCGUUGCAGGUACGGCCGUCUUCUCAGUCCCAGCCCGAAACGAACCUCUAGAGACUACGAGCUCACUGCGGACAUUUGUUUGCAUUCGUUGGACUUUGUUCAGGAGGUGGGUCACUAUCUGGACCCCUCGCACCGCCCAGAGGAUAGUAGCGAGCCACGGGUGCCGCAAGCACCUUGUCUGCAGAUGAUGAAUAUGCCGCGUCGUGGUCGAUCUUCACAACCGCUGUCGUCGUUCCCAUCAUUGCCACGGGAAAGAGUGAAGAAGCGCAGCGUUUUCAGUCAAUCAAACUUCUGUCUAGUGGACCAGAUCUGUGAGGCAAAUGAGCCCACGAGCCCGCGAAGUGAACACGAAUUCAACCUCAUUGUGCCCGAGUCGCAUAGGAAAGGGAUCAGUGGGGGUAAAACCAAGACGUCGAACUGCAAAAUUAGUUAA